AUGAUCAUCACCGAUGAGGAAUACUACGAGGACAGAAUCAACUAUUUACUGUCAAACUCGGACGAAUUCCUCGCGUUCGGUCGCCCUAUUUCAUCAAAGAUCGUUCAUAUUGGUGGAAUUACAAUGCUAGAAGCCGCUCCAUUAUCAAUGGAAUUGCGGCACAUUCUGGAGCAAGCCAAAAUGGGAGUGGUGUAUAUUUCCUUUGGCUCUAAUGCGCCAACCAAGAAAAUGCCCAAGCACUUCCGCGAAGCAAUAGUUAAAGCGGCGGAAAUUUUCAAAUAUUAUGAGUUUAUAUGGAAAGUCGACGAAGGCGACGCGAUACAAAGCAUUCCAAAUUUGCACACAUUCAGCUGGGUUACUCAAGCAGCACUUAUAGCUCAUCCAAGACUGCAAUGUUUUGUGUCACAUGCUGGACUGAAUAGUGUUAUGGAGGUGACGAGAAAUGGGAAGCCGUCGAUUUUGGUGCCAAUCUUCGCUGAUCAAAUACGGAAUGCGCUAUUCGUUGAAGCGAAGAACACAACGAUUGUAAUCACAAAGGAAGAAUUCAACAGUGAUACAUUCGCAGCUGCUCUUCAGAAUGUGUUGAAUGAUAAAAGG